AUGGAGAUCACUGGGGUCCAGCACCGGGUCCAGCACCGGAUCCAGCCGGGGUUCGUGGCGCCACGUCCAGCAGGGGGCGCUGCGGGCCUGUCCCGCCCGGGCCUCCCGGGCCGCCCACCCCGCGGGCGCGCCUCUUCGCAGUUCAGCGCCGCCCGGGCUGGGACCCGCUGCUUCCGAGCGCGCAGACCUCUCCACGGGGAUCAAGAGGACCCUGCGCGCUGGCGGCCGCCCCUGGCCUCGCUCCGGCUCACAUUGCAGCGCAUCGCCUCGUCCCGGGCUCCGACUCGGAGCGCACGGCUCGCGUCCCGGGCAGCGGCGUGUCCCGGGAGCCCCGACUGUGGGGCAGGACGCAGGGCGGCGCGCCCGGUGCGCUUCCAGGGCCCGGCGGGCUCCUUCUUCGGCUACGCGGUGCUGGAGCACUUCCACGACAACACGCGCUGGGUCCUCGUGGGUGCACCAAAGGCAGAUUCUAAAUACAGCACUUCAGUCAAGUCCCCUGGAGCUGUGUUUAAGUGCCGCGUCCACACCAACCCCGAACGGAGAUGCACCGAACUGGACAUGGCUCGAGGGAAGAACCGGGGUGCGCCCUGUGGGAAGACCUGCAGGGAAGACCGAGAUGAUGAGUGGAUGGGGGUGAGCCUGGCCCGGCAGCCCAAAGCGGAUGGUCGUGUUCUGGCCUGUGCCCAUCGUUGGAAGAACAUCUACUAUGAAACGGACCACAUCCUGCCCCACGGAUUCUGCUACCUCAUCCCAUCCAACCUCCAGGCCAAAGGCAGGGUGCUGAUCCCCUGCUAUGAAGAGUAUAAGAAGAAGUAUGGGGAGGAACAUGGCUCCUGCCAGGCCGGGAUGGCAGGCUUCUUCACUGAGGAGCUGGUGGUCAUGGGUGCCCCAGGCUCAUUUUAUUGGGCUGGGACGGUCAAGGUGCUGAAUCUCACGGACAACACAUACUAUAAACUGAACGAUGAUGUGAUUAUGAGCAGGCGGUAUACCUACCUGGGCUAUGCAGUGACCGCUGGCCACUUCUCUCAUCCAUCCAUCACUGAUGUGGUAGGGGGUGCCCCACAGGAUGAAGGCAUUGGAAAGGUUUAUAUAUUUAGAGCUGACCGAAGAUCAGGGACCUUAAUAAAGAUUUUUCAGGCAUCAGGAAAAAAGAUGGGCUCUUACUUCGGCUCCUCCUUGUGCGCAGUUGACCUGAACAUGGAUGGCCUCUCUGACCUGCUCGUGGGGGCCCCCAUGUUUUCUGAGAUCAGAGAUGAAGGGCAGGUUACUGUCUACCUCAACAAAGGAAAUGGAGCCCUUGAGGAACAGUUGUCCCUGACCGGAGAUGGUGCCUACAAUGCACACUUUGGGGAGAGCAUUGCCAGCCUGGGUGAUCUUGAUGAUGACGGCUUCCCAGAUGUGGCUGUUGGUGCACCUAAGGAGGAUGACUUUGCUGGAGCAGUCUACAUCUAUCAUGGUGAUGCCGAUGGGAUUGUCCCCCAGUACUCAAUGAAACUGUCUGGGAGGAAGAUAAACCCGAUCCUGCGGAUGUUUGGGCAGUCCAUAUCAGGGGGCAUUGAUAUGGAUGGAAAUGGCUAUCCUGACGUCACCAUCGGAGCCUUCCUGUCCGACAGCGUGGUCCUCCUCAGGUGAGAUGCCUGGCUCUUGUUCCUGGGGUCCUGUUCUUCAUGACUGACAGAUGGGAUUUUGCGGAGGAGAAAUGGGGUGCGGCGAUCCCAUCAUUUGGCUCUUUCCUUUGGCCUAGUCCUUCAGGUUGAAGGUGCUGU